CUGCCACCGCUCAUCCGGAAGAUGCAUCGGUGGAUCCUCCCCAGCUGCGGCGACAUCCGGUCGUCGCGGACGUCGUCUUCCCGCCGCCGAGUUGCUGAGGCGCCGCCGACGUCACCGCCGAAGCUGAGGAAGGUGGUGUCGGAGGGGACGCUGGCCGUGCCCAAGGACGUGGAGGAGUUCCGGACGAUGUCGGCGUACGGGUUCCUCAAGCUCUUCACGUACGAGGACCUCAGGCUGGCCACCGGCGACUUCGACCCCGGGCAGAUCGUCGGCGAGGGCGGCUUCGGCGUCGUCUACAGAGGGUUUAUCGACGACGCGGUGUGCAAGGGGUUCGCGCCCACGGAGGUCGCCGUCAAGGAGCUCAACCCGGAGGGCCUCCAGGGGGACAGGGAGUGGCUGACGGAGGUGAGCUACCUCGGGCAGUACAGCCACCCGAACCUGGUGGAGCUCAUCGGCUACUGCUGCGAGGACGACCACCGGCUGCUGGUGUACGAGUUCAUGGCCAAGAGCAGCCUGGAGCACCACCUGUUCCGGCGCUCCUGCAGCCUGUCGUGGACGAUGCGGGUGGCCAUCGCGCUGGACGUGGCGAGGGGCCUCUCCUUCCUCCACGGAGCCGAGCGGCCCAUCAUCUACCGGGACUUCAAGACCUCCAACAUCUUGCUCGACGCGGAUUUCAACGCGAAGCUGUCGGAUUUCGGGCUCGCCAAGGCGGGGCCGAUGGGCGGCGCGACGCACGUGUCGACCAGGGUCAUGGGCACCUACGGCUACGCCGCGCCGGAGUACAUGGCCACCGGGCACCUGACGGUGAUGAGCGACGUGUACGGCUUCGGCGUGGUGCUGCUGGAGAUGCUAGUGGGGCGGCGCGCGGUGGAGCCGAGCCGCGCGGGGGGGCGCGAGGGCAGCCUGGUGGACUGGGCGCGGCCCAUCCUGAUCCGGCCCAAGAAGCUGGACCGCAUCCUGGACCGGCGGAUGGGCGGCCCCCCGGCGCGGAUCCUGGGCCGCGUGCCCCGCCUCGCGUACGACUGCCUCAGCCAGAACCCCAAGGUCCGGCCCUCCAUGUCCAGGGUCGUCGUCACGCUCGAGGCCGUCCUCGCCGCCGGCGCCGAGGAAGAAGGAGAGGAAGAAGGCGCAGCGGCCGCCGAGGCUUAGGUAGUAGGGUCGACGUACGGUACGCUUCUUAGCUGUAUUAUUAAUCCCAAGGGCAUG